AUGUCUUCAGCCAAACCCCAAGCACCCGGCGCGGUAACACCAGCCCGCAAAAUCGAGCUCUUCUCCGGCACCUACUUCGCCGCCUGCACACUAGGUGGUAUCAUAGGUACUAACCCUCCCCUCCCCUCCCCUCCCCUCACUCCACUCCUCCAACCACAAUCUAACACCCUGUUCCUCCUCCCAGCCUGCGGCCCAACCCACACCUCCGUCACCCCUCUCGACCUCGUGAAAUGCCGACGCCAAGUCGACCCUAAAAUCUACUCCUCCAACAUCCAAGCCUGGCGCAGCAUCUAUUCGGCCGAAGGCCUCCGCGGUGUCUUCUUCGGCUGGGCCCCAACGCUCGUAGGCUACUCGUUCCAAGGCGCGGGAAAGUACGGCGCCUACGAAGUCUUCAAGUACUACUACGGCGAGAAGCUCUUCCCGAACAGCCCCAAGACGAUCGUCUACCUAGGAGCGAGCGCAACAGCCGAGUUCAUCGCCGAUCUAUUCCUCUGUCCCUUCGAAGCGAUCAAAGUCCGCAUGCAAACCACCCUCCCACCCUACGCGUCAAACCUCCGCGAAGGCUGGAGCAAAAUCGUCGCGCAGGAAGGCUUCGGCGGCCUAUACAAAGGCCUCUAUCCAUUAUGGGCACGCCAAAUACCAUAUACAAUGGUGAAAUUCGCGACCUUCGAGUCCGCCGUCGCGCAGAUCUACUCCACCCUCGGCAAACCAAAGGAAUCGUACAACACGCUGCAACAGACCGGUGUCUCGUUCCUCGGAGGCUACAUUGCCGGGAUCGGGUGCGCGGUCGUGUCGCACCCGGCGGACGUGAUGGUGAGUAAAUUGAAUGCGGACCGGAAGGCUGGCGAGGGGGCGGGACAGGCGAUUGGGAGGAUCUAUAGGAAUAUUGGGUUUUCGGGGUUGUGGAAUGGGUUGGGGACGAGGAUUGCGAUGAUUGGGACGCUUACGGCGUUUCAAUGGCUGAUUUAUGAUUCGUUCAAGGUGUACUUGGGUCUUCCCACUACAGGUGGACACUAG